AUUUUAGUUGUAUCGAUUAAAAAUAGAUGGCGCUACUUCGAUGACAUUUCGCAUUGUUUUUCUAUUUCGUAAUCAAAUUAAAUCCAAAGUAACCUAAAACUUGAUGUCAAAAUGGACAAAGAAACGAUUUAAAAUCAUUAAUAAUCGUUGCGAUUAAUUAAAAUAAGAUGAGAGGCGAUAAUCGACCGAGUACGCUUUACGAAGCCCCACACGAAGAUGAUGGCCCCAAUUUAAACUAUUAUUUCAACGGAAACGAUGAUCAAGUACAAAUAUUAUCGACGUCCCGUAAAAAACCGUUUACUAAAGUCCAAUAUAUUCCUAUGGUUAUACUCGGAGUUUUGACUAUAUUGAUAUUUUUCGUUCCGUUAUUAGAUCAGGUAGCACAAAAUGCUUUGCACAAAGUUAAUAAUAAAAUUAGAAACAAUUCUUGUCCAGAUACUUGUAGUUUUUCUUUAGUUGAAAGUAUCCCUGAUGGAGUUUUUUAUAAAAAUAAUUCGCCGAUUUUCCCCACAACGUUUGAUACUUGGAAAAGUUUGAUUGAAAAUGCGCAAAAAUCGAUUGAGAUAGGUUCGUUUUAUUGGACUUUAAGGGGCGUUGAUGUUAUUCCACAUCCAACAGCUAAACAGUACCUAAAAAUCACCCAUUCAUCUAAACUCUCCUAG